GCCUCAUGAAGUUAAAAGUACAAGUAAACUGGUUUCAAUUGAUUAUCUUGUCUGCGCAGUCGGCGAUAAAGUGAACAAAGGUGGUGUCACGUGCUGGAGCGUUGACACCGAGGUGCCGUUGACGUCAGGGGCAGAAACUCGGAGCAUCUUGAGACACGGGGGAGAGCUUCUAGAAAACUGACAUUUUAUGCCUCUUUGUCUUUUUCACCUGUGACCAGAUCGACUUCUCUUGGUUCAGACAUAGAACUCCAUCAGGACGAGGAGCGACAGGAAGAGCAAAGAAGAAUUGAACUCAGCUCUGCAGAUGACGGAAAAGAUAACACCAGACUGCUGAAAUCUCGCCGUUUAACAAACACCAGGCAUCAACCUCGUGCUGACCUGUCACGAUGGGGUCACGUGUGUAUGACAAACGCUUGAACAGAAGUUUCUUCACUUUCUUCUCGGAGUUCAACUUCCCAGUCAGUGAAGGGCAGCUGGCAGCAGAGGGAGUCUACCUGUCGCUAGUCAUGAUUAUUGGUUUUGUGGGAAACAUAUGGGUGGUUUACGAAACGUGGUGCAUGAAAAAGCUGUCCUCCACGUUUGGGGUCGUGUUUGCGAACCAGGCGGCCUGCGACCUCCUGCUGCUUCUUGGUGUUCCUUUUAAGGUGACAGCACGUGUAACAGGCGGUUGGCGUCUAGGCAGCGCCCUCUGCUCCAUCAUAGCAAACAUGGAUGUCUGUCCCUGAUCAUGACAUCACUCAGCAUGACCGUGGUGGCGCUGGACCGCUACUGGUACAUAGUUCACGCCUCCCGCUCAGCAGACAAUCCUAUCUUCAAGCACAUUAGGAAGGUCAUGGCGAUUCUUUGGAUCGUCAGCAUCGCAUUCUGCAUUCCGCUGCUGUUCUACUGGAAACAGAUGUCGGUUUUCGAUGGCACUAACACCUACGUGUUCUGCGGGGUGUUAUGGGCGCCCACAGUCAACAACAGUACUUACAUUGUUGUAUCCGGAGUGCUUUUCCUCGGAAUACCCUUCACCAUUAUCACCAUCUGCUACACUCGCGUCUUUCUCACAGCCAGGGCGGCAUCGCGCCGUGUCAGCCCCAACGUCCUGCACGGACCUGAUCAACUUCGACACAGCCAUUCUCAGAAAACGGACUCCGAUGGGGUGUUCUUCACGCGAAGAAGUGGACUAGCCAUGGACCAUGCUCCGAUCGCCGACAAGGAUGCUCGGUGGGGAUGUCCUUCGCGCGACGUGGCUGCAGGAAGUGGAGAGGGACAGGUCAACCAGACAUUUAGACCAGAUAAUGUCCCAUCCCCUCACGGGCCGUCAGGCAUAUGCUCCUCCCUUGCCUGCAACACGUUACCCCGAGUGUACAAAGCAGAAAUACCGGACUCGGUUCCCUUGCGAGGCAGCGCGGAGGAAGCGAAGAAUGGAGGACUGAGGGUAAAACCGGAAACGACUCAGAGUGCCUCCAUUCGACCGUUGAAGUUCCCUAUUCAAAACUCAGGGGUUUGCUCGAUGUCUGUCAGUGCCUCCCGACAAACGCUUCUGGCGCACACUCGACAGCGCCGUCUGCUAACCUUGUUGCUCACAUCGGUUGUUCUCUUCGUCCUGAUGCUGAUGCCGCAGUGCAUUGUGGGAGCGCUGACCAUCUCCGUGCCCGUGACGUCGACGCAUUACAUCAUCGCCACAGCGUGCACGGUGACCAACACCUGCGUGAACCCCAGCCUGCUGCUGUACUUUCAUCGCGACUACCGCAUGGCCGCCAUCAGGCGUCUCCACGCGCUGUGUCCUUGCUGCUCGAGAGUUGGGAGAUGUUGGUAGUUGGACGAGUUGUCGACAAAUACAGCUUCGCCGUCCUGAGGCCAUAGUUGUGAGGCGAGAGUCUCUCCAGGGCUAGAUGGGGAACCACAGGGAAUAGCGUCUUGUGUCCGAGAUUACAUAGCAUUGUCAAGACCUCGUGGACACUAUGUUUCUUGAUCCGAGGGCACCUCUGCUACCACUUUAUAACUAUACGGCUCGAGGGGGAAACCAACAUCUGCGAGAUCUAGACAUCGUCUUAUAACUUUGGAAACAGGAUGCUUGUCUUUAAAUUCUCACAUUUCCGAAGAGCAUCGACUACCUUCAUAACUACUGUCCCUGAAGUUGCCGUCCUGAAAUUUUAGUACGAGUCAAAACACACACACACACACACCUGUAUAUCAUUGUUCUUCAGAGAGAAGACAAUAAACCGCUACCUAUCAAGGUAAUGGCAUACAUCGUAAAUUCUAAGCAUAUUCUCUAUUUUUGUUGACAGCAGCUAUCACUGUGGAAGUACACCUGUUAUUUUAAAGCUGCAUUUCUUACCUGUUUGACUUGCCGCCAUCAGUAUUUCCCUCCCACACUCGCAGCUCCACUGGCAAUAUAAGGAAUCCGUCCGAGUUUCAAGAAUAUCUUACACAAAACUUAAUCAGCAAGAUUUUCAUAUUUAUUUUUUUCCCGUACUGUCAUUUUAAUUUUAAUUUCCGGUCUUGUGUUUCCUUUUUAAAAUGCGAGUCAUAUUGUGAGAUAAGUGAUUUUAGUGAUGGAAUGUCCCUUAUACUUUCCCUUAAUAAAG